AUGGAAAACGUGUACCCAUACGUCAACUACCUAAUUGAGGUGGGGCACGUGUCGCUGGACUACGAGCUGUUCAGGGGAGGAGGAGAGCCAGUCCGUGACGACAUGCUGGCAUACGACAACCUGUUCAACGCGAGCGUGGAUGCAUUCGCUUGGGUGAUGGAGAAGGAAGGGUUCGGAGGGUGGGAGGUGGUGGUGGCGGAGAGUGGGGAGGCGGAGGGCAUGGCGAACGUGUUGGCAUUCAACGGGAAUGUGGUGAGGCGGGCGGUGAGGGGUGCGGGGACGCCAAAGAGGCCCAGCGUAGGCGUGGAGGUUUAUCUGUUCGGACUAUUUGAUGAGAAUAAGAAGGUCGGCAAAGAGUAUGAGAGGCAUUUUGGGCUUAAUGGCACCAGGGCCUAUAAUUUGAACUUCAGUUGA